UAGAAGUUCAAGUCAACAGACUAUUUGAGGAAUGUUUCCAAUCGAAAUUUUAUUCAUUUAAUUUGAGAAUUACAAAACUGUAUAAUAGUGACGUUAAGAGAAAUUAAGUUUUAUUUUUCGACGUUAUGAGAAAUUAAAGCAUGACGUUAGAAGAAGAUGAAAUUAACAACAAAUGUUCCAAAAACGGAAGCAUGAGAGACCAAACCUAACGUAAAGUAACGACAUGCGUCUAUUUUUAUAACAUGCAAAUUUCAGAGAAGUAAUUCCCUUAAUUAAUUCAUAAAUAAUAAUAAUGCGAAAAGCGCCGAGGAAAGGGAUCAGAAUGGCGGAUGAUGCUUACUUGUUAUAGCCAAGACCAUCACCACGAGAGUGGAGCCCACUGGACGAAGAAGAACAAGAAGAAGAGAGACGUCUUUUGUGUGUUUCUGAAUCGAUUUUCUUCUCUAGAUCUCAUCAUCAUCAUCUUCCUCCCGGAUCUGAUACUGGUGGAACCAAAAUAAAGGAGGAGGAGAUGGAGAAGGGAGAGAGCGAGAAGAAGGCAUCGGGAGUAUCAAACGUAGGUGCAUGGGCAAUGAACGUGACGAGCUCCGUAGGGAUCAUCAUGGCCAAUAAACAGCUCAUGUCCUCUUCUGGCUUCGCCUUCACCUUCGCGACAACUUUCACUGGAUUCCACUUCGCACUCACUGCUCUCGUCGGCCUCGUCUCCAAGGCCACAGGCUUAUCAGCAUCCAAACACGUUCCUCUCUGGGAGCUUCUCUGGUUCUCCCUCGUUGCUAACAUCUCCAUCGCCGCUAUGAACUUCAGCCUCAUGUUGAACUCUGUUGGCUUCUACCAGAUAUCGAAACUGAGCAUGAUUCCUGUUGUUUGCGUGAUGGAAUGGGUUCUUCAUAACAAGCAUUACUCCAGAGAAGUCAAGGCCUCUGUCUUGGUUGUUGUUGUUGGUGUUGGUAUCUGUACUGUUACUGAUGUUAAGGUUAAUGCUAAAGGCUUCAUCUGUGCUUCCACUGCCGUUUUCUCCACUUCUCUCCAGCAGAUCUCAAUAGGUUCACUGCAGAAGAAAUAUUCAAUAGGAUCUUUCGAGUUGCUGAGCAAGACUGCUCCAAUCCAAGCCCUUUCUCUCCUCAUCUUUGGUCCAUUUGUUGAUUAUUUCUUGACCGGCAGAUUCAUCUCUACUUACAAGAUGUCUUAUGGUGCCAUUUUGUGCAUUCUUCUCUCUUGCGCUUUGGCGGUUUUCUGCAACAUAAGUCAAUAUCUCUGCAUUGGGAGAUUCUCUGCUACCUCUUUCCAAGUUCUUGGUCACAUGAAAACAGUCUGCGUCCUAACGUUAGGAUGGGUGCUCUUUGACUCGGAGAUGACGGUCAAAAACGUAGCGGGGAUGAUCAUAGCCGUGGUGGGAAUGGUGAUUUACAGCUGGGCGGUUGAGUUGGAGAAACAGAGGAAGCCGAAAGCCACACCGCACGGUAAGAACAGUAUGACAGAGGAUGAACUUAGGCUUCUCAAGGAAGGAAUAGAACAUAUGAAUUUAGAAGACAUGGAGCUUGGAGGUAACAAAUCAUAAAUAAAAAUCUCUUAAAAGACAAAAGGUUGUGUUGAUUCUUUUUUUCUUACUCAUUCUCCCAUCAUGUACCCUUGUUAUGCUUUAUCUCAAAGAACCUUUAUAUGAUGCUCUCUCCUCUGCAGAGCACAUACUUUUUCCUAAUAGAAAUAUGAUUCUUCUGUUU